GACAUGCUUUCUGAACAGACUGCAGCCCUGGGAGUGGGAUGGGGGCCAACGAAUGUACAGCUGGAUGGAGCAGAGUCCCAGAUGGAAAGAGGAAACCAGGAAGAGGGCCCAUGGAGAACAGCACCAGGGCCACUGGAGCACCUUCACUGUGACCUUGAAGAGCCACUAGCCCUUCAGGAGAAGGCUCAGUCUGCUCCCUGGGUUCCUGCAGGUCCCCAGGAGGGGACCACUGGAGACUGGGAAAUGGCAGCUGCACUUCUUGCAGCCGGAUCGCAGGGCCUGGUAACCAUCAAGGAUGUGUCCUUGUGCUUCUCUCAGGAGGAGUGGCGGAGCCUGGAUCCCUCUCAGACAGACUUUUAUGGAGAAUAUGUCAUGCAGGAAAACUGUGGGAUUGUUGUCUCACUGAGGUUUCCGAUCCCCAAACUGGACAUGCUUUCUCAGCUAGAGGGAGGAGAAGAACAAUGGGUCCCUGACCACCAGGACUUAGAAGGGAGAGAUAUCCUGAAGGUCACGUAUACAGGAGAUGGAAGUGAACAUAAGGGUGAGACUCCCGAGCUAGAGGCAGAACCUCCCAGAAUGUUAUCCAGUGUGUCUGAAGAUACUGUUCCCUGGAAUCCAGGGCAGGAUCAGAGCUGGGAGUCCAUGCCCAGGGGCUCCAGAGGAAUGCACCUAAGCCCACCCUUUCUUCAGGAAGACAGUUUCUCGAGCCUUCUAUGUAGCACGCAGAUGGAUUCUCUCUUAAAACCCCAUAUGUGCCCUCAGUGCGGGAAACAGUUUGUGUGGGGCUCCCACCUUGCCAGGCAUCAGCAAACACACACUGGGGAGAGGCCCUACAGCUGCCUCAAGUGUGAGAAAAGCUUUGGGCGAAGGCACCACCUGAUCAGGCACCAGAAAACCCAUCUACAUGACAAGCCAAGCAGGUGUUCUGAGUGUGGCAAGAAUUUCCGAUGCAACUCCCAUCUGGCCAGCCACCAGAGAGUGCACUCGGAAAGCAAGUCCUAUAAGGGCCAAGACAUCGGAGAGAGUCCUGGGGCUCAGAAACAGCAACAUGCCCUACCAGUGCCAAAGAGCCACGUGUGCACAGAGUGUGGGAAGAGCUUUGGCCGAAGGCACCACCUCGUGAGACACUGGCUGACCCAUACUGGGGAGAAGCCCUUCCAUUGCCCUCGCUGUGAGAAGAGCUUUGGCCGUAAACACCACCUGGACAGGCACCUGCUGACCCACCAGGGACAGAGUCCUGGGAGCAGCUGGGACAGAGGGACAUCUGUCUUUUGA